AUGGGGCGGCUGCUGCUCCUUCCUUGGUGGGGACCGCUCUUGCUCCUCUUGGGGGGCUGCUUCGGUGAGUACCCCCGAGUACCCCCGAGUGCCACAAGUCGGGGUGGGCAGAAUGUGGGUGGGCAAUAGAGAGAGAGCGGAGGGGCUGCCCACUGCCUAAUCCGGAUCCAGUCCGCUUUCUAGUCUCUCCUUCCUCCUCCUGAUAUUCUCAUCUGCAGGAGAUACUACCCUCCCUGCUGUACUGGAGACCUGCUCUCCCCCCCAAAAGCCAGUCUGGGAUUCAGUGGGGAGAUCCAGCCAGAGGGGACUCAUCGUAGUCCAGAAUUGUGGUCUCCCAGCGCCACCCCCCCGAGAUGCCCCAGGCGGAACCCCCAAAGGAGGACCUGACAGCCACAGCUGCCCUCUCCCCACUUAAGAAUCCCGGCAAGUGGAGGGGCAACCUCGUCGUUUUUUAAAAAAAUAAAAAUCUGAAAGAUCACGAAGAAGACUUAGAAAAAGAAUCUGGAAAAGAGCCCAGAGCUUUAAAACCAGGAAUACAGGACAUAGUAUCACUACCUUCAGGAUUGGACAAGCUAGAGAAGGGGAUACCACCAACAGAACAAGAGCAAUUACUUGGUGCAGUCGGAGGAAAAGUAAAAUAGAUACAUCAUGUCUCUGCAACUCUUAAGCUGGAAUAUUCUUGGAUUUAAUUCCCCGGAGAAAAGGAAAAAAGUCUUUCAUCUAUUGAAAAAGGAACAAUUGGACCUGAUUUGUUUGCAGGAAAUGCAUGUGAUAAGGCUCCACAGGAAAGUACUGAUUAAUAAAAGAUUGGGCCAGGAGUUUAUUUCAUCGGACAAUGUCAAAAAGAGAGGAGUUGUAAUUUAUGCGAAAGAGAGCCUAUCACCUAAAUUUAUUUUUAAAGAUGAUCAAGGAAGAUAUGUGGCAAUUGAAAUUCAAACACAAGGAGAAAAAUUUCUGAUAGUAGGAGUAUACGCUCCAAAUGAGGGGAAAUCUGAAUUUUACAAGAAGUUGCAUGUGACACUGAUGGACUAUAUGGAUUACAACAUUAUAAUGAUGGGAGACAUGAACGGAGUGGUAUCCACAAACAUGGACAAGUCGCAGAGACAGGUAGUUACCAAAGAUGGCAGACUACCAAAAACCUUUUUUGAGAUGACUGACAAUAUGGACUUGAUUGACAUUUGGAGAAUAAAGAACCCCCUGGCUAGGGAGGGAACCUUCUUCUCUGAAGCCAAAAUGACAUGGACAAGAAUUGACCAAAUUUGGAUUACUAGAGACUGGCACCUAAGACUCGAAAAGUGGAAAUUUGCCCUAAAAUCUGCUCCGACCAUAAUGCCUUGAAAAUGGAGAUGAAACUAACACCUACCGGCUCCUUCAGAUGGAGGAUGAAUGACACCUUGUUUAGAGAUCAAGAAAUUACCAAGAAGGCCCAAAAAACCUUGAGAGACUACUUUGAGAUAAAUAUGAAUACCACCAUUGAAAAAAGAGUAAUCUGGGACGCAAGCAAAGCAGUUAUGAGAGGGUUUCUAAUUCAAAAGAAUGCAAUUAAGAAUAGAACACAAAAAGAGAAAAAAGAAAAAAUCUUGGAAAAAAUAAAAGAGGGGGAGAAGAAACUGAGAGCGAAACCAAAAUCACAAGAGAUUCUGAGAGAAAUAAAGUUAUACCAAGUUCAAUAUAUGAAGAUGAUGAAUCAGGAAAUAGAAUGGAAAAUUAAACAGAUGAAACAAAGGACAUUUGAAUCGGCUAAUAAAUGUGGAAAACUGCUAGCUUGGCAAAUGAAAAAAGACAAAACUUAACACUAUUACCAACUUGGAAGUGGAAGGAAAGAACAUCCAGAAUCCAGUGGAAAUUAGAAAAUGCUUCCAGAGGUACUUCAAACAGCUAUACACACAAGGGCCACAGAAAGAGUGCGAUUUAGACAAAUUUUUAAAAACAAAUGGGCUUCAAAAAAUCUCUCAAGAAAAUAAGCUAAUGUUGAACUAUAAAAUAACAGAACAGGAGGUGGAAGGUGCCAUCCAGAACAUGCAGUUGGGCAAAUCUCCAGGGCCAGAUGGUUUAACCUCCAAAUACUAUAGAUCUUUGAAGGACUGGAUAAUUCAACCACUAAAGGAGGUUUGUAACGAAAUCUUAGAGGGGAAAAAAGCGCCAGAGUCGUGGAAAGAAGCUUAUAUUACACUAAUACCGAAAAAUGAGACUGAAAAGACGCAACUUAAGAACUACCGCCCCAUAUCCCUGCUCAGUGUGGAUUACAAAAUUUUUGCAGAUAUUUUGGCUAAAAGGUUAAAAAGGUAUUAGUAGAAGAGAUCCAUAAAGACCAAGCCGGCUUUCUCCCAGGUAGACACUUGUCUGACAACACGAGGAAUAUAAUUGACAUUUUGGAGAUGUUGCAAGUGAAUAUCAAUACCAAAGCAGUUUUAAUUUUUGUUGAUGCGGAGAAAGCCUUUGAUAAUAUUUCUUGGAGUUUCAUGAAGAAAAAUCUUCAGGGGAUGGGAGUUGGUCAAGGGUUUGAAAAUGGUAUAAGUGCAAUAUAUUCAGAACAAAAAGCUAAGCUAAUAGUUAAUAAUGUGGUAACAGAGGAAUUUAAGAUAGAGAAAGGGACACGACAAGGCUGCCCAAUUUCCCCAUUGCUUUUCAUUUCGGUCCUGGAGGUUUUGCUAAAUAUGAUUAGAAGGGACCGUUUGAUUAAAGGUAUACAGGUCGGAGCUAAACAGUACAAAUUGAAAGCAUUUGCAGAUGAUUUAGUAUUGACGUUACAGGAGCCAGAAUCUAGUACUAAAAGAGUUUUAGAAAUGAUUCAGGAAUUUGGUCAUGUGGCAGGAUUUAAGUUGAACAAGUUAAAAACCAAGGUGCUUGAGAAAAAUUUGACUUCGAUUGAGAAAGAGAGGUUUCAGAAGGAGACAGGUUUAACAUUGGUUAAGAAAGUAAAAUACUUGGGGGUUAACAUGACUGCUAAGAAUUUAAACUUAUUUAAAGACAACUAUGAGAAAUGUUGGUCAGAGGUGAAAAAGGAUUUAGAGAUAUGGUCAAACUUGAAGCUUUCCUUGUUAGGUCGAAUUGCUGUUAUAAAGAUGAAUGUAUUGCCAGAAUGUUAUUUCUGUUUCAAUCAUUGCAAAUCUGUGGACAAAAUGGACUGUUUCAAGAAGUGGCAGAGAGACAUUUCUAAAUUCGUCUGGCAGGGCAAAAAGCCUAGAAUAAAAUUUAAAAUAUUAACCGAUGCAAAGGAUAGAGGUGGAUUUGCCCUGCCAGACCUUAAACUCUAUUAUGAAUCAGCAGCAUUCUGCUGGUUGAAAGAAUGGCUGCUUCUUGAGAACACAGACAUUUUGGAUUUAGAAGGUUUCAACAAUGUUUUUGGGUGGCAUGCAUAUUUGUGGUAUGACAAGGUUAAAGCACAUAAAGCAUUUAAAAACCAUAUUGUCAGAAAAGCAUUACUAAAUGUCUGGAUAAGAUAUAAGGACUUAUUGGAAAAUAAAACCCCUAGGUGGCUGUCACCGAUGGAAGCAAAGGCUCAGAAAAGGCUCAAUAUGGAGGCCAAAUGGCCGAAAUAUUGGGAAAUUUUGGAACAAGAAGGAGACAAAUUGAAAUUGCAGAGCUUUGAAAAAUUAAAAGAUAAAGUGCGAGACUGGCUUCAUUAUUAUCAGAUAAUGGAGGCAUAUAAUUUGGAUAAGAAAAUUGGCUUCCAGGUGGAAAAAUCAAAAUUGGAAACAGAAUUGUUAGAACCCAAUACUAAGAUUUUGUCAAGAAUGUAUAACUUGUUGUUGAAAUGGAAUACUCAGGAUGAAACUGUGAAAUCUGCUAUGAUUAAAUGGGCACAAGAUCUAGGAUAUAAUAUCAUGUUUGCUGACUGGGAACAGUUGUGGACCACAGGUAUGAAAUUCACGGCAUGUAAUGCCCUAAGAGAGAAUAUUAUGAAAAUGAUAUACAGGUGGUACAUGACACCAGUGAAGCUUGCAAAAAUUUACCAUGCGCCCGAUAAUAAAUGUUGGAAAUGUAAGGAAAAUGAAGGUACAUUUUUUCACCUUUGGUGGACGUGCCCAAAGAUUAAGGCUUUCUGGGAAAUGAUAUAUAAUGAAUUGAAAAAGGUAUUUAAAUAUACCUUCUUGAAGAAACCAGAGGCCUUUCUCCUGGGCAUAGUCGGCCAAUUGGUGCCAAAGAAGGAUAGAAUUUUCUUUAUGUAUGCUACAACAGCGGCAAGAAUUCUCAUUGCAAAGUAUUGGAAGACACAAGACCUACCCACCUUGGAAGAAUGGCAGAUGAAGGUGAUGGACUAUAUGGAAUUGGCGGAAAUGACUGGCAGAAUCCGAGACCAGGGAGAAGAGUCGAUGGAGGAAGAUUGGAAAAAGUUUAAAGAUUAUCUACAGAAAUAUUGUAAAAUUAAUGAAUGUUAGAAUGAUGUUGGAUAGAAACUAAGUGGUCUUUAGCUGAAAGGUUAUAAGGGAAAAAGAAAAAAGGGUUUAUUAUGUAAUAUGUAAAAAUCUAAAAUUACAAUAUUUUUAUGACUAAUGAUUAGGAUACUAAAAGAGGGGAGGGAUUUGCUGAUCAAAAUAACUGAACUGGAAUUACAAAAAAAGGAAGGCGUGAGGAGGUCCUGGAAAUAAGCAAAUGAAGGUCAAGUAAUGGAAGGAAAGAAUUGUUUUUAAAUAUUUUUACUUUGUAUUUUUUCUUUGUCUUUUUUGUUUUUUCUUUUGUGUGUUUUGUAAAACUUUGAAAAUCUUAAUAAAUAUCUUAUAAUAAAAAAAAAAUCAUUGUAAAUAAAUAAAUAAAUAAAUAAAUAUUUUUAUAAGGAAGCUCUGGGUUGGUGUUACUAAAGACAUUGAACUCAGCAGAGGACAAACCCUCCCCCUGGGCUCAUUAGCUUUUUUGCUUAGCCUAUGAAAGAUGCCUCAGGGACAAGUGAUGGGGAGAUGAUGGUCCUUUGCUGACCGAGUGCAGCCCAUAUAAUCAUUGCUUACAAUGGAAUAAAAUCUGAUCCCCGCCUCUCGCUGAUUAGCUGACUCAAUAUUGGGACGUUAGCCUGCAUUGUUGUAAACUCGCUGCUAUGAUCCCAGUCGGAGAGGGUAGACAAAAUUGUGAUCAUUUUGUUGAAACCUUGGCUUUUAAAAAUCGUGUGCUGAUGGAACAAGUUGCAAGAAAAUAUAAAUGCCUCAGGCUUCGUUGGGAAUACUUUGAGAUCUCUAUCGAUGAACUCACUGAAGCUAUUAGAAUAUUGGUUAUUAGGUAUUAGUUACUACAAACCAGGGUGGAUAAAUGUUAAUGAUUUUUUUUUAAUCAGAUUUUUAAAAAAUUAAGUUGGAUUUCUUUUAUUUUAAUUGGAUUUUAAAAAUAAAAUGCUUUUCCAGGAAAAAUAUUUCUAAAUAUAGUUUUCUACUUAAGUUACAUUAUAGUCCAAAGGCUAUUCAUAAGGAAAUAAGGAUUUGGUAAAUAAAUAUAUGAAGCUUUGCCCCCGCCCCCUCUCUGUGUCCUUUCUAGGCUGCUCCAGUCACUCCUUGCACUACUUAUGCACGGGGGUGUCAGGGUCCAGUCAGGGGCUGCCCCCGUUCAUUGCUGGGGGGUACGUGGACCACCAGCCCAUUGUUAAGUAUGACAGCGAAACCGAGAAGGCUGUGCCCCAAGUUUCCUGGAUGUUGAAAGCAGAGAAGGACAAUGCUCAGUACUGGAAAAAGAGCACCCAGGAAUUCCUCAAGCUGGAUAUGAAAUUUAGCCAGUACCUGCUGGACCUACAGAAUCAAUACAACCAGAGCAAAGGUGAGUGGCAGGCAGGAAGGGAGCUCAGUCUCUCUCUCUCUCUGCCAGGCUUGUCCCUUCCAGGGGCAGGAGAUGGUGACUUGAGAGGGAGAAUAGUGAUUCCUAAACGGGGAUAAGCUUCUUUCUCCCUGCCAGGCAGGCUCUUUCCUUUGGUCCCCACCUGCACUCGGCUCUCACCUGGGGCUCCUAGAAGCUUUCAACCUGUGACAGCAGCCACAAUCCUGGGAAUCAGGUGAGGGGAGCCGAUGGGUCUCAAAACCUCGGUGCGUUAGGGAAGUGUAUGUGAAGACAGGCUCUGGUGGGUUGAGCAGAUAAGACCGAGAGUGGGUCCAACGGUCAAAAAGGGUUUUUUUGCACAUGCCGUAGAGCAAACUUAUUCAGCCGUGGGCUGGUGCACUGCCCUUCAGACCAUGUGGGGGGCCGGACUAUAUUUUGAAAAAAAGAAAGAAAGAAUUCCUAUGCCCCACAAAUAACCCAGAGAUGCAUUUGAAAUAAAAGGACGCAUUCUACUCAUGUGAAAACACCAGGCAGGCCCCACAAAUAACCCAGAGAUGCAUUUUAAAUAAAAGGACACAUGCUACUCAUGUGAAAACACCAGGCAGGCCCCACAAAUAACCCAGAGAUGCAUUUGAAAUAAAAGGAUGCAUUCUACUCAUGUAAAAACACACUGAUUCCCGGACCAUCCGCAGGCUGGAUUUAGCAGGCGAUUGGGCCGCAUCCGGCCCCCGGGCCUUAGGUUGCCUACCCCUGCCAUAGAGGGAAGUGAGGGGCAGAUGGGGCUCAUCCACCUGGGAAGGGAGCCCAUCUAGGAGAAGGAGAAUCCUGAUCCUAAACCUCCACUGCCUUGUGGGAUAGCUGCAGGAGGAGAAAAGGCUACGGAGUAAACCAUACACACAUCCACAGCAUAGUCCCUAAGGCAGUUGGAUGGCGCCUUGCAUGACCCCUACGGGCAACACCUGCAGCCAAGCUGGUGCCAAAUAUCCUGCUCUGCUUUCCUUUGGACCACAUCAGUAAGGCUGAGGGGGAUGUGUGCCUUGUUUAGUAUGUUGGGAUACUGCCAGGGAGAUAAAGUCCAUCAUGGCCCCAAGCCGUCUGCCGGACGAUCCAUCUCACCUCCCGUAGGCAAGCAGCGACAUGAGUUUCUAGAAAAUAUUUUGCCACAUUCUAGAGCUCAUGCACGCUCUAUCAGCAGAUAAAUGCACAGCCAAAAGUUGCAGUCAGGAGAGCAUUAUUUACAAGUUUAUUCAGCGUUGAUCAGAACACAGAAAAACAUGACUGCCUGCUGAUUUAGUGUCUGCGACACCAGAGAGAAAACGAAAGCAACAGAAAACAUAAACAUCCUGUGAACAGGAAAUACGCAGACUCUGACUCACAAAGCCUGCUCCCUUUUAAGGUGGAACGGAAAUAUCCUAACAUCCUCCCCUUUCCGUGUAACCUGUAGUACCUGUGGUUCAACCCAAUUGCAACCUUUGUACAUGAACCUUAAGUUGUUCUCUGUUAACAACCUUAGACAACAGAUCAGCAGGAAUUUCAUUUCCUGGCAUGUAGGACACCUGAAUGAGUCCUUUCUGAAUACACUCUCUUGCACGAUGUAUAAGCUUAAUCUGCAAGUACUUGGUCCUUUGCUUGCAACUCUCUGAGUUCAGCAAAGCCAGACACGAUCUAUUGUCUUGAUACACUUGUACAGGACAUUUCACAGAAACUCCGAUGUCCUUAAACAGUUGCAUCAACCAUUCACAAUCCAUGAGUGAAAAUGACAGAGCAUUGAGUUCUGCUUCACAGGAACUUAGGCUCACUGUCGCCUGCUUCUUGCACAACCAGUCAAACAGACAGUGGUUGUACAUGUAGCAUACUCCAGAAGUGCUUGUACCAUCUGUGGUGUCACUUCCAAAACUUGCAUCUGCAAAGAUUUCAAGACCUCCAGUCUUCUGACUGGUGAACCUCAGCCUGUAGUGCAAAGUCCCUUUCAAAUAGCGGGCUAUGCGCUCAGAGCUUUCCAAUCCUGAACAGUAGGAUUGUUGGCAUGUCUGCUAAGCAGGUUACAGCUUACAGCUAUGUCAGGUCUUGAGCAUCUAGCAAUGAAAUUCAACUUGCCUAGAAUGCAUCUGUACAGUGUUGUGUCAGAAAACGCUUCAGCAGUACUGUCUACCUGGUAACCUGUUACCAUCGGUGUGUCUGCUGGGUUUGCAUCAACCAAAUUCAACCUGGUUAAUACAUCAGCAAUUUUCUGUGUUUGGUGUACCAGAAAAUUACCUGCUUGGUCCCUCUCCACCUGCAGAGAAAGAUAGUUGGAUACCUCACCAAGAUCCUUCAUGUCAAAGUGCUCCUUCAGCUGAGCUAGGGUGCUUUGGUAGAAAGCCUGAUUCUUCCAAAACAUCAGAAGAUCAUCAACAAAACAUAAACAAUACAGUUUGUUUUGCCCCUCCUCCUUGACAAACACACAUGGAUCAGCUUUGCCCUGGUGAAAACCUAGAGAAAGCAAUGUCUCAGUGAGCUUUGUGUUCCAACACCUGGCACUCUGCUUGAGACCAUAUAAGGAUUUCCGCAGUUUACAGACCAUUCCCUUCUGUAUCUGCAUCCCGUCAGGUGGAAGCAUAUACAGCUCCUCUUCCAAAAUCCCGUACAAAAAAGCUGUAUUAAUGUCAUGAUGGGAAACAUGCAGUUUCUCCUCUGCAGCUAUCUUGAGCAUCAGCCGAAUGCUCUCAUAUUUGACGGUGGGUGAGUAGGUCUCGUGGUAAUCCUGUCCUGGUACCUGUGAAACCUCUGGCAACCAAUCUGGCUUUGUGUCUGACUACCUUGCCAUUCUGGUCUGUCUUGGCCUUGAAGACCCAUUUGCUGCCAACCAGUCUCAUCCCUGGGACUACCGGUACCAGUUCCCAAGUUUGGUUCCUAUUCAAGGAAUCAACUUCAGCCUUCAUGGCAUUAAGCCAAGGCUCAGCAUCUUUAGAGGUUAACUCCUGAACCUCUUUGAAGCUUGAAGGUUCCCACACCUUCUCUGAGCUACUAAGAACAGCAGUUGCUGUCUUAGCAAACUCAUCAGCAAAUCUCUUUGGAGGUCUGCCCUUUGUGGCUCUCUCAGAUCUGCGUACUAGACGCAAGUCUUCUGGACUCAUCUCCUCUUUCUUAGGAGAAAAGUGACCAAUGGUGAACAGUGGUUCUUCCAGUUCAUUGUCAGACGCAUCAGACGGUCUGACUGAGGCCUUUGCGCUCUUGUAGUCUGCUGUGUCAUCACUGUCACUGACACCAGCAGCAGCGCCGCCCACUGAACUGGAAUCCGAACUCUGAUCAUCAUCAUCAUCAUCAUCAUCAUCCUCAGCAGCUUCCUCAGCUUUAGCUGCUUCUUUGACAUCACCUUCAUCCACCUCUCGGUAACUCUGCAAAAUUCCCAAAUUUUUCCACCCACUUAGGAUUCUACUCAACACUCUUUGAGAACUUUAUGGACUUAGAGUUGGUCAUCCACACCCUGUAUGCACCUUUUCAUACCCCAUGAACAAACCAUGUGCCCCACGCUUCCCAAGCUUGUUGCUCUGUGGGUGUGUACCCACAUGUCAGAACCAAAGAUUCUCAUGUGCUUGAUGUUGGGUUUCUACCAAACAUCUUCUCAUAGGGGGUACAACCAAUAGGUGAUGACAAUCUGCGAUUAUAAGUGUAAGCAAAAUUUGACAGAGCCUCCCCCCAAUACUUAUCAGGGAGAUUGGCAUCAUGCAACAAGGUUUUCAUUCCUUGCAGCAACGUUUGAUUUGCUCGCUCCGCAAGCCCAUUCAUCCAUGGCGAUCUAGGCGUUGACAAGUCAUGCUGGAUUCCCUUCUCAGUCAGGAAAGCUUCAAACUGCUGAGAAGUGAACUCCCGCCUCGAUCAGUAAACAGACAGCCAAUGCGUUUACCGUGAACAUUCUCCAACCAAGCACAGAAUGCCUUGAACUUGGGAAACGCUUGCGAUUUCUGCUCGAGCAUAAACACAUGAAUGUACCUGGAAAAAGAAUCAAUUAGAACCAUGAAGUACCUUGCUCCACCCAAAGAGGGCGCAAGUGGACCAACCAGGUCUGCGUGCACUAGCUGGUAGGGUUUGGAAGCCUGCCUGCUAGACUCCUUGCCUUUUGGAGCAACCUUCACCUUGUUCUCUGCACAAGAUACACAUUUCAUGUGAAACUUACAGGGUUUGAUGUUCAAACCUCAACCAUCUCUGGCAUCUUGGCCAGCGCCUACCAAGACAUGUGACAAAAUCUUCUGUGUGCAUCAUGAAUGCAUCCUGCAUGAAGAACUUUGUUAGUUUGUGCAACACAACAAGAAUCAACAUUAGACACAACAGCAUCAAUGUCAUCAUAAGUUAUACAGAACAAGCCAUCCAUAAACUUUGCAUGCAAAAUGUCCUCUUUGCCUUUUCUGAUGACACAGACGCUCCUCUUGAAGGAAAUCUCAAAACCACGCCCAGUAAGCUGUGGGACACUGAGCAAAUUGUCUGCAGCACCUGGAACAUAUAGUACAUCUUUGAUGGUCGUGUGCAGACUUGCCAGUUUCACGGUCCCUUCACCUGCGAUUCGCAACGUUUUUCCAUCAGCCAGGUGGAUCUCACCUUCUUGAGGUUUGAAGGAGAUAAAUAGGUGGCGGUCCUUUGAGAUAUGGCGGGUACAGCCUGAAUCAACAACAAACCUGGCCUUGGCUUUUGGAGCAGCCUUUGCAGCAAGCAAAACCUUGUUUUCCACCGGCGUGGGCUUUUGCAGCUUGCCCCCCUGCUCCUGGCCAUCAGACUUGCCUUUAGCCUUUGGUGAAGCUGUGCCAGUAAACAAAACCUUGUUUUCCUCUGGCGUGGGCUCUUCACCCUCCCUCUGCUUCUGGCCAUCUGCAGGCGUCUGCCUCUGUUUACCUUUGCCCUUCCGGCCUCUGCAAAGGCGAUGACCUUGGCUCCCACGAGAAACAGAGUUCUCAGCUGCCGACUCCUUGGCUCCCCCCUGGAGGCUGGAAUGCUGCCUGGGAUGACGUGACAGUCAGCUCCCCUGCAGCUUGCAACCGGUGCCCUCAGCAUCCCUGCAUUCACUCGCAUUCUGGGAAACAGCCAGGACCUCCGAUGCAGUCAAACUCUGGGCUGGGAUGACUGGCAAAUGGGCUAUCUUCAAAGCAUGCCACAUAUUACGUGCAGUCAGAUUGCCAGCUAGCGUUUUUAUUUCCUCCAGAGAGACGGACAAGACGAUUACGUCAACGGCCUUCGAAUUAGCGGCCCUCCAUCUAUCUGUCAGAGGAACUGGAGGGGCUUCAGACACAGUAUGCCACACUCCAAACUGACGCAGCAAGCUCUCACACCAUUUUGCCCAGGUCUGAUAGUUGUGCCGAUUUAACUUUGGGCACUCAGCAGCCUCAGAAGCCUGGAAAAACUCCAUUCCAGGUUUUUACUUGAGCCUUGAGCCUUUAUGCCUUCAAAGACGUCUUAUCUUAGCAGCUAUAAAUCUUGAGGCCUUUGGCGCGGCUCCCAGAUCCAUUAAUCUGCCAGCCGGACAACAAAGCUCUUGCCGCGGCAAACAGAAAAGCCUUACUUUCGCUUUUCCUCCACAUACCUUUCAGCAGUCUGUCGCAGUCUUACUCUCCUGUAAGUGCUGUGAAUCUGGGCCCGAAACCUGUUGUUGGGAUACUGCCAGGGAGAUAAAGUCCAUCAUGGCCCCAAGCCGUCUGCCGGACAAUCCAUCUCACCUCCCGUAGGCACGCAGCGACAUGAGUUUCUAGAAAAUAUUUUGCCACAUUCUAGAGCUCAUGCACGCUCUAUCAGCAGAUAAAUGCACAGCCAAAAGUUGCAGUCAGGAGAGCAUUAUUUACAAGUUUAUUCAGCGAUGAUCAGAACACAGAAAACAUGACUGCCUGCUGAUUUAGUGUCUGCGACACCAGAGAGAAAACGAAAGCAACAGAAAACAUAAACAUCCUGUGAACAGGAAAUACGCAGACUCUGACUCACAAAGCCUGCUCCCUUUUAAGGUGGAACGGAAAUAUCCUAACAUAGUAUUAUUAUUAUUAUUGUUGUUGUUGUUGUUAAGGGAUGCAGGUGGCGCUGUGGUGAGCUCCCGUUGCUCUGUCCCAGUUCCUGCCAACCUAGCACUUCGAAAGCAUGCCAGUGCGAGUAGAUAAAUAAGGACUGCUGCAUUGGGAAGGUAAACAGCGUUUUCGUGAACUCUGGUUUCCGUCAUUCUCACCACAAGACCUGGAAAGCUGUCUGUGAACAAACGCCAGGUCCCUCAGCCUGAAAGUGGAGAUCAGUGCUACAGCCCCAUAGUCACCUUUGACUGGACUUAACCUUUCAGGGGUCCUUUGUUGUUGUUUAGUCGUUUAGUCGUGUCCGACUCUUCAUGACCCCCUGGACCAGAGCACGCCAGGCACUCCUGUCUUCCACUGCCUCCCGCAGUUUGGUCAAACUCAUGCUGGUCGCUUUGAGAGCACUAUCCAACCAUCUCGUCCUCUGUCGUCCCCUUCUCCUUGUGCCCUCUAUCUUUCCCAACAUCAGGGUCUUUUCCAGGGAGUCUUCUCUUCUCAUGAGGUGGCCAAAGUAUUGGAGCCUCAGCUUCAGGAUCUGUCCUUCCAGUGAGCACUCAGGGCUGAUUUCCUUCAGAAUGGAGAGGUUUGAUCUUCUUGCAGUCCAUGGGACUCUCAAGAGUCUCCUCCAGCACCAUAAUUCAAAAGCAUCAAUUCUUUGGCAAUCAGCCUUCUUUAUGGCCAGGGGUCCUUUACCUUUACCUUACUGUUGUUGUUAUUGUUAUUAUCGGUUUCUAUUAAUUUAUUGGUUUGUUGCUUGUAUAGGAUAUUUUGUUUUUAAUGUUUGAUGGGGUUUUUUUAUACAUAUGUUGCAAGCUGCCCAGAGUGGCUGGAGAAACCCAGCCAGAUGAACGGGAUAUGAAUUUUAAAAAUAUUAUUAUUUUAAAAAUUAUUAUUAUUCCAAGACCUGGAAAGCUGUCUGUGAACAAACGCCAGGUCCCUCAGCCUGAAAGUGGAGAUGAGCAGCCCAGAACCUCCAGACACACUGCCCAGACUUGCACCCUGGUGAGGUCUCUUUGGUGCUUCUAAUGCAGCGGUUUGGCUUCACCCCAGGAGGCACACUCCAUUCUUUCUUGAGACGGAGGGAUGCUGACAACAUGUACCAGCCGUGUGGUGGCGUGGGGGGAGUGAAGCAGAGUGGGGCCAAGACAUUUUCCCCCACCCUCUAGUGGACAAAUGGAGAGGUGGACACACCCCACAGCAGCAGAAUUGCCUCUGCCUUCCAGGUCCACUCUUCAUAAAUGUAAACCUAUUUUUCGCAUGAAUUAAAAGUGGGAGCCCCUGCUCCACCGAGGGGGAGGGUGUGCAGAGUGCUGAUUGGCUCAUCCAUUUAUGUAGCGUGCUGAGCGAUUGACUUUCUUGGCAGCCAUGAAGCCAUUUCUGCCCCUUCUCCCAGAGCUUUAACAAUAAGUACAAAAAUUUAAAAAUAUAUGCACACUUAUUUCUUUUGCAGGGUGGGGAGUGCAGAUUUUUAUUUAUCAAGUGUGGGCCUAAAGGGCAAGUUAAGAGUGGGUGGGGAGAUGUUGAAGAAGCAUUUUAACAAUAACUACAACGACCUAUAGCCCUGCCCAUCUGGCUGAGUUUCCCCAGCCACUCUGGGGGGCUCCCAACAGAAUAUUAAAAACACGAUAAAACAUCAAACAUUAAAAACUUCCCUAAACAGGGCUGCCUUCAGAUGUCUUCUAAAAGUUUGAUAUUGUUUAUUUCCUUGACAUCUGAUGGGAGGCCGUUCCACAGGGCAGGCACCACCACCGAGAAGGCCCUCUGCCUGUUUCCCUGUAACCUCACUCUCGCAGGGAGGGAACCGCCAGAAGGCCCUCGGAGGUAGACUUCAGUGUGCGGGCUGAACGAUGAGGGUGGAGACGCUCCUUCAGGUAUAUAAAGCAUUUUGGGGGGUGGGGAAUGUCUAAACUGCCCUUCACCCAAACCUGGAAAGCGAGGGUUGUGUCUUUAAUUGAGUCCUGCUCAGGAUUGAUAGAAGGACAAAUCCCACCCCUCCGACAGUUGGGGAGAAUCUAUUGGAGAGAGAAUUGGGGGGAUGAUGAGACAGUUAUUGUUGUUGGGUUUGGGCUUUUAUAGAAUUGCAGAAUUGUAGAUGACCCCGAGGGUCCUCUAGUCCAACCCCCUGCAAGACAGGAAUCGCAGCUAAAGAGACUGACAGGUGCUCAUCCAGCCUCUGUUUGAAAUCCUCCAAUGCUGGAGACUCCACUACCUUCUCAAAUAGCUCUUCCUGUCAGAAAGUUCUUCCUAAUGUUUCCUCAGAAUUUUCUCAAACCUGAGGCAAAACCCCCCACAACUUUGUGGGGCUUAACAUGGGAUAGAAAUCUUGCUCUGGUGCUGUUGCCCCUCCCCCCAAUUGACCUCUUGGGGGUCUCUUUCAGGCUUCCACACUCUGCAGCUCAUGUACGGCUGUGAACUGAGCCCAGACGGGCGCAAAGAAGGGUAUUACCGGUAUGGCUACGACGGGAGGGACUUCCUCACUUUUGAGAAGGAGACCCUCACCUGGACGGCAGCUGACAGAGAGGCCCAAGAGAUGAAGAGGAAGUGGGAUGCAGAGUUGGCCAAGAAGCAGUACCGGAAGGCCUACCUGGAGGAGGAAUGCAUUGAGUGGCUGCAGAGAUACCUGGACUACGGGAAUGAAACUCUGCUGAGGACAGGUGAGAUGGGUGGGUGGGGAAUGGGAGUGGGGAGGAGGGCUAAUGCAUCGAAUGGUAGAAUUAUGGAGUUGUAGAGUUGGAAAGGACCCCCAGGGUCAUCUAGUCUAACCCCCUGCAAUGCAGGGAUCUCAGCUAAAGCAUCCAGCACAGAGGGCCAUCCAACCUCUGCUUAGAAUCCUCCAAGGAAGGAGAGUCCACCACCUCCCGAGGGAGACUCUUCCACUGUUGAACAGCUCUUGCUGUUGGAAAGUUAUUCCUUUUUAAAAAAUAUUCAGUCAUACCUUGGUUGCUGAACGCCUUGAAACUCAUACGUUUCGGCUCCUGAAUGAUCAAAAACCGGAGUUGAGUGUUCCGAUUUUUGAACGAUUUUGGGAAGCCAGAUGUCUGGUGCAGCUUCCGCGACUUCUGAUUGGCUGUAGGAAGCUCCGGCAGCCAAUCGGAAGCCGCACCUUCGUUUAUGAACAGUUCCAGGAGUCAAACAGACUUCCAGAACGCAUUCUGUUUGGGAACGAAGGUACUACUGUGUGUAUAUAUAUAUAAUAUAUAUAUAAAGCUAAAUUGACAGAUCUAAUAAGGAGAAAACCCAAAAUUAUGGUCAUGAAACAGUGGGAGUGUCUAAAUGAUUACUUACAAAACCAGGACUCUGCUACCAAAAUCUGGCUGUGUUUAGAAUAAUCUUGUGAGUAACAUAAAAAUAUAAAGUGAGAUAUUAAGGAGGCUUAAAGGAAAAAUAUGAAGAACAGAGGAUAUGGCGAAUGGAUUAUUAAAAACGCGUGGGGCAAACGGUGGAAGUCUUUUAAAAAUAUUUUAAUUAAGAUAGAUAUGGAUAAGAUGGAAAUACAUAAUUGAACAUAAAUACAGAUUUGAAAUGGUUGUGUAUAGUGAAUACUUAUCUACUUUUAAAAUCUUCAUUCUUGACUUUUUCUUCCUUUCUUUUUCUCUUAUAUUUCAUCUUUCAUUUUUUCUCUUUUUUGUGAACAUCUCUUUAUAGAGGUGUAAAUAAUUAUAUGCAUGUGAAGAGGUAAAAUAUUUGUAUUCUUUAUAUUUUCUAAUUUUCCUUUGGUUACAUGUAUUUUCUUUAUUUCUUUGUAUAUUUGUAUUUUUUUUCUAUUUUGUACUUAAUAAAAAUUUAAAAAAUAAUAAUAUUAUAUUAUAUAUUAUAUUAUAUUAUAUUAUAUUAUAUUAUAUUAUAUUAUAUUAUAUUAUAUUUAAUAUAAAUAAUUAAACUUUUCUGUUUUACAUUUUAGAAUAUUCAUUUAAACAACCUUAAAAUAUCAGUGACUGCCCUCCUUCUCUUUUCAUGGUUCAUUUUACAUACCGUAAAUCCCUGCAUAUUUUACAUGAACUAAGCCAUUCAGUAUUCCAAUAUUACAUCCAUCAAAACUUAUUUACACUGUUGAAUUUAUCUUUAUGAAAGUUAUUCCUGAUGUUGAGUCUGAAUCUCCUUUCUUGUUGGAGGGUGGAGAGGUGAUUUCGCUACUUAUUUCUCCACCCACCCACAUCAUAUUUCAGACCAACACUCUGUUUUGUGCAGGAAGGAAGUCUGGGAGUGGGUCACUUCAGGCUACAGUGUGUGGAUGUUGAUUUUUUAUUUUUUUUUUUAAAGAGAGAAAUCUGCCUGGAAGGGGGUGGCUGAUAAUUUUGGGUCAGAGGGACAGAUAGAACCAUGAGCAACUCAGAGAGCUGAAGCAGUCUUCGGACUGUGUGUCAAAACUAUAAAAACGUGGGUGUGGUUGGUAAAAAUAAAUGAGACAUUUGAGGGGUUUCGGGUGUGUGGGUGUCAUGGGCUGGCUGGAUGCAGAGGACUGGUGGGAGGAACCAGCCGAGGAACCCUCAAGAGAAGAAGGGUCAGAGCUCAGGGAGUGGUAGUAGGACAAUGAUGAACGGUCAAAGGGAGAAGAGGGAGAAGACUGGGAAGUGUCAGAAUGUGAAGGGUAACAAGGCUUAGUGAGCUGGGAGAGUCUGUGGCAGAGAGCAGUCCAGAAUCAGAGGCAGAAGCGGAGGCUGGAGAGGAGGGAGGCCGGGAGACAGAAGCGAGGCAGGCUGCUGAAGAAUCCAGGGAGUCUCACCCUCCUGCUGUGACCAGCUCCCCUCCUCCCUGGUCUCAAAGAACCAGGAGAGGCAUGAAGAGGGCAGAGAAGAGGUUAGCUUCAUGCAGGCGCAGUCUCAGAUUGCUUUGGGGAACACUGAGGGGGGGGGGGGCUUAGACAACUGUGGGGAAGUGGGGACUUUCAGUCUCCCCAGCUACCACGCAGGGGCUUCAAAUUGAUUUGGGUAUCACAGACCCAUAGCAGGGAGACCCAUGGGGUUUGUCUGAAUAAUUUCUUUUAAAAAUGCACAAAGGUUUCACAGUGGAACAUCUAUGGGAACAGGUAUGGGGACAUAAUCAGUCUGAGCCAUGGGUCAGUUCAUCUAUUGAUGAUAUUCACUAAAAAGACCUUAAGCAUAUUUGUGGAAGACAGGGAUUUUUAAGUCUGACGAAACACAAGGUAAGUCGAUAAUUUCUCUCUUCUGACCUUGUCAUCUCUUGGGGAUGUUGAAGGCAUCAGUAAUCGAAUUUCAGGUCAGGAUGGCACUGGAUGACCACGUGAAUUGCACCAGCUACUGGAGAGGUUCCUUUGUUUUUGGCAGAGCUCCCAGUGGGGAAGGUGAUGUGUCAGGCCCUUCCAGACAGCCAGGAGUCCCUCAUCUGCCAGGCCUACGGCUUCUACCCCAGAGAGAUUAACACCACCUGGAGGAUGGACGGGAAGGUCAUGGAGCAUGCCACUUUCCGCAGGGACGUCGCUCCCAAUUCCAACGGGACCUACCACGCCUGGCUCAGCAUUGACGUGGACCCCCAGGACAGGAACCGCUAUUAUUGCCACAUAGAGCAUGUCAGCCUAACACAGCCUCUGGUCUUGGCCUGGGAGGAGCCUGGUGAGAAACGACAGGAGAGGGGCAGGAGGAGGAGUCAGAGAAUCACAAUAGAGUUGGAAAGGACCUCAAGGGUCAUUGAAUUCAUCCCCCUGCAAUGCAGGAAUCUCAGCUAAAGUAUCCAUGACAGAUGACCACCCAAUCUCUUUGAUGGCCUUCUUUGCUGGAUUCUAGGAGGAGAACGUCCUCCCAGAGUCGAACGAGGGACUCCAGUGCUAUCAUAGGCUAAUACUCCAUGUGACAUCGUCCAUACUUUGGGGGUGCAAAGGAGGAGAUGUGAUUUAGGUUCAGGGAAGUGGGGAGGGCGUGGUAUUCAAAGAGCGGAGUUUGAAGAGCAAUCUUUGGAAGGAGAGGGACCCUCUCUGGGAGGUGAGAAAUCUUACCCGUUUUAUUGAUAUAAUUAUGUGGUGUUCCAUGAGGUUGCUGAAUGCCACUCCUAAUCUCUGAAGCCAUCUAAUGGUGAGCGAUGGGUUGCCUUAUGGGGGAGGGCAUUUUUGAGAGAACUGCCAUAGCACAUUGCUUUGCGCAUGGGAGGUCUCAGAUUUGGUAUGCAGAAUCUCUCCUCCAAAAAAAAAGAUUGUGAGAUGUCUGGAUGAGGGUUUGGGAGCUGCCACCAGUGUCUGAACAGAAAUAUCUUUUGUUUGCUUUUAGCUAAGGGAGGCCAUUCUUUUGCCACUCUGGGAAACGUUGGGGGCGUGGUGGCAGCGGCUGUGGUAGUAGUUGUGGUGGCUGCUGUGAUCUUCUUUGUCCGCAGUAAGUAAACACUGGAUGGAUUUGCUGGGUUUUGUCUGUCCUGACUGAGAAUGUGCUGAUGGCAAAGCCUUCCUGGCAGGUCCCUCACAAGUUUCCCCCACCCAUAAAUAACCUGUGGAACACCAACCAGAAAGUACCCAAAGGUCAACCCUAACUGUUCUUCCCCACUGCCUCCUGGCCCCUAUUCUGAUAUGUUUGGGAAGCAGGAUUCAUGUGGGUUACAUAAUGUAAUAAUGGUUCCAAAAUACCAAGGGGCUGGCAAAUACCUGUCAUCUAGACCAACGACGGAGAAUUUGUGGCCCUCCAGACUCCGAUAUGGACCACAAUUCUCAUCAACCCUGACAGUUAGCCAUGCUGGCUUCUGGGGACCAAAGUCCAGCAACAUUGGCAGAGACACAAAUAUCCCUGACCUCUAGCCCAAAUUUGCACAUGGAUACCAUAUAUAAAUGCUGUGAAAAUGCUUUUUAAAAACCGUUUUGAAAAAGGCAUUGAAUUUGGCAUAGCUCACUGUCACCAUCUGGUGUCACAUUAAUAUAUUACACUUUACAACACAUUUAAAAUGUUUCAUUUGCAGCUGUAUAACUGAGCCUACGGUACAAUUGUUGGCGAUUGAGUCGCCGUGUGUCCUGUAGAUCUGUGAUGGUAGCGAUCUACAACUGGGGUUUCCAACCCUUCUCGAACAGUGGGGACAUUUUAAAUGUCAUGAAAGCGCUGUGGGACCAGAAAUAAAAUGGCAGCCAUGGGCAAUGGACCAUAACACAUUUUCAGCAAUUCAUAUAACAUUAAAAAGAGAUACCUCGCCAGCCAAUGGAGACCGGGAACAGGAAUUAAACUUGUAUGGCACCUGUGAAGGUCUUCCUUGGAGUCUCGGAGGCAGUCGGAGCCCUUGGUCAAGAACGAGCUCCUUCUUGCUGUGCAUUGCAAAACAGCUGCUGGAGCAACAAGGGUUUGCCCGCUUCCACCCCAAAUGAUAUUUUGUUGAAGUGGGGAGAGAGAAAGCAAGCAGCAGGGUUGGGCUUCCUGCUUGCCCAAGUGUCCCUUCCUGUUUGUUUGUUUGUUUGUUUGUUUGUUUGUUUGUUUGUUUGUUUGUUUGUUGCUUGCUUGCUUGCUUGUAGGCCAUGAGUACCAUGAAAGCCCUGCUUGCAAUCUCUUGUUGGGGCAAGUGAUGGGGGGGUGGGAAGAGGAAGCAGCAAAGUAGACUCCACUGGUUGCUUAGCCAGUUUCUGCCCACCGGCCACAUGUAACUGGCAGCAGUGGAAUGUCAAAUUUCAGCAGCGCCCUGUGCAAUGCCAAAAUUUGGAAUCCCCGCCUCUCACGCUCCAUCCUCUCCCCGAUCUGAUUUUCUUAUUCGGUUUCUGUAGAGAAAGUACGAAUGAAAGCAGCCUAUGAAAGAACGUCAAGUGAGUGACUCCUUUUUACUUUGAAAAGUGUUUGUUUUUGUUGUUGCAUGAAUAUAUUGGUGACCGCAGGUGCCAGAGAGGGCAAGGGUUCAGUCAUCAGGUUUGCCCUGGAAUUUUAUAGCAGCCACUAAGUGCUAACUGCCUGUGAUAUAGUGGUCACAGUAGGGUUGGCAUGUUGUUGAGCUUUUAUUUGCACGAUAGCCCAAAAGAUUGUUGAUCUCGCCCCGCAAAAAACAGAGGCAGAGUUGACAGAGACAGAGCCCAGACAUUAGCUUAAAAGUGUAAAAAUCCCCCCCGGAUGGGCAUGUAGACCCCCAAAAGAGGACAUGUCUGGGAUUUCCAAUACGUAUAGCAACCCUAGGUCAGAGGUCACAGGCGGUCAAAGACCCGUCACUAUUUCUGGAGCAGGCUCUCUGUCUCCAGCAUCCCAUAACCACCCAAUGAGCAUGAAAGGAGAGUGUGUGUUUUUAGCCACAGUGUUCCACAGCUAAACAUUUAGGAACAGUGAAAAACACAAGGCACUUCCGUUUCAGGAGAAUGGUGUAUGACAGGGCCAGCCCACCUAGGAGGCAAGGGGAGGCGACUGCCUCAGGUGGCAGGAUUCAGCAGGGCAGCAGAUCCCCAUGUCAAUCUUUCUCCCUAUGCCCUGGGUAUAAAUCUCCCCUCACCCCUUCUUCCCUGGUGGGGAGUGGGAGGCCAUUUUGGGGUCUGCCUCAGGUGUCAAAACGUAUUGGGCUGGCCUUGGUAUGUGAGUUUUGCUACGUACAAUGGGACUUCACAGAAAACACAACUUAAGGCGACAUUGGAGCACUGCACAAUCAUUUGCACAUGUACACGCACAGAUAAUAGUAUAUCCAGGCAACACCUGGAGAACUGCAUUGAUGGUUGCAAAGCACCCCAAAUUAUUAUUCCUGUAUGAUUAUAAUUUUAUUUAUAAUCUUAGGAGGUUGUAGACCGAGACGUAUGUUAACUUUUGGACUUAAUGGGGCAUGGAGGAGUAUAUGUGUGCAAGCAGAGAGGAAAGGUGCAAGUGAAAAUGAGAACUCCCUCCCUAAGACACAGGCAGUGAUACGCACUCUCUUUAUUUUCUCCUUUUUGCAGCAAGCAGCCAGGAGCCCGCCAGCUCCUCCGUCGGUAAGUGGGGAAUGGAUGGGGAUGGAUGACCACCUUGAAAACAGGCCUCCGUGGGGAAGGGAUCAUUCUUUUGGUGAUUUUAUUAUUUAUUAUUCAAUGUAUAUCUCGCCCUUCCUCCCAAGAAGCCCAGGGGUUCUACCCAGGGUCUGAACAACAAGAAUGGCUUUAUAUUCCGGAUCGGGCUGCUUAGUGUCCUUGUGUAUUUCCCACCUUCCCUAAAGGGAGAGGCUUGGCUGAGUUGCUGGAGCCUCCUCUGGAAACCUUAAGUCUUUGCUCUGAGCAUGUUUAUUUUUAGCGUGGCUUGAUAGGACAAGGGAUUGGAGCAGGUGGCCUCUGUGCCAUCGAAUGCCCCAAUACUGACAGCUUCAUCAUGCUUCUUCCUCUUGUUCCUCCUGCAGUGGACAUUCAAGGCAGCACAGAAACAGAAAUGAGGAAUUUUCAACGAGGAGGGAGGUCACCUUCAGAUGACUUCUCUUUAUGA